AUGAAGGCAAAAGUCGUCUGGUUCAUGUUGCUGUCGGGGUUGGAGGCCGUCGUGGCCAUCGCUCCUAGAUGCGAAGCUCCUGCGUCAUCGUGCCAGGUGGUUCCAGCCUCAUCCUCCCAGAUAUGCUCUUCAAUCAUUGCGGCCCGAGCCACUUCUUUUGUGACUUGUGAAGCCGCACGCGAGACCAUCACGAGCUUCUCCACCAUUACAGAAACGCCCAUCAUCACGCUUACCACAGUUGCUCAGAACGCUGUCGUCACCUCCUCCAACACGGUGACUCUAACUGUUAUAGUGCCCCCGACUCACACAGAUACCGCGGUUCUAUGGAACACAGCAUCGACAACAGUUGUACUUGCAUCCACGGAGACUAAUAUUGGAACAACUACCGUGACUGUUACAUCGGUGAAAACAAACACGGCUGCAACCACUAUCAUCUCGAGAAGUACCUCCACCAGCACAGUCAGCUGGGCUCCAGAAACGUGCCCAACUGCUGUGAAGCGUUCAGGUCGUUGCCGCGGAGUGGCCAUUCCACGCGAUUGUUCCUGCUUCCUCACGUCGACCGUCAGCACCCAGCCAACGAGCACCGAACUUCUCACCGUCACAGCAACGGCUGCAGUUCAGACCGUUCCCUACACUGCCACGCCAACUGAUGCAGCCUCGAGGAUCGACGUGACGCUAACCAUAGUUGAAUCUGUUACUGCUUCGGCACCGACGCAGACAGUAACGAGCACCACGACUACAACCUUUACGGAGACGGCAGUUGCCACCACCACAAUAACGGUGACUCUGACUGCCUCUGCCGACGCCACGGCGCUUGUCAACCAGACGGCGACGGCGACCACGGUCGCGGCAACGACCAGGACCGAGGACCCAUGCGACGCCACCAACGUGUCGAAGUACCUCGUGGCGGGGAUCCCAUCGAACGAGAACGUCGUCUGGGGCUUUCGAGGGGAUGGGUUCAACGACCUCGGAAAUUGCUGCUUUAAUUGCAACAUCAACAGCGACUGCGCGUACUGGCGUCUUAGUAACGACGGCUCGAUCUGCGAAACCUACUUUGUCAGGUUCAACACACCGGCGGAGGGCUGUACCACGACCAGGUGUUCUCGGGGUCAUCCGGUCCUGGCAAUCAGCCCCGGCAAUGAUGGGUGGACCUAUGGCAUGGGAUUUUGUGGCAAUUUCGGGUCUACGUGGAUGGGUUGA